CGAGGGAAGGAACGACCGCCAAGUCCCGCUUGUUUGGAUGCGGCUGCGCGGGGGAAGCCGGACCUGGAGCUCGUGUGGUGAAGGAGCCGCCGGCCACGGCCCUCUGAGAUGAGCCCUCUGCGGGGCCGGCGCGGGGAGCAGAGAAGAUAUCCCAUGCUGUCCCGUCGUGUACAGAGGCUCGGCAGAGAUUGGGUUUGCCACUGGAAUGUUGCUCAGAGACUCUUCCGGGAUGGUCAAGCUUUCCAGCAUAUGAAGAGAGCCGCAUCCUGUUUUGGGGCUUGUUACUCACCCUUGAACCCUUGGGAUUGCCCAGGGAGCUGUAGGCUUCCUCUGCUCUGGAGCACACAGCUUCCUAGCCUCGUACAAAACUCUUCUAUUCAUCUCUGUCCUGCUACAAUGAAAGCUGAGGGAGAUGAGCCAUGUGUAAAGCGAAGAAGACAUAGUGGGGAUCAGGACAUUUGUCACAGCCCUAAUGAAAAACUGUGUACCUCACCUUCAGAUGAAACAUCCUGGUCUCCGCCUCAACCUCAGUGUAAAGAAGGAAGCACUCCAGAACCAAGAGCAGGUGUGGUCAAGAGACACUGGGAAUACUUUUGCCCGCAAAGUAAAAAAAUGAAGGUCCUUGAAGAGGAUAAGCCGAUCAACCAGGAUCAUCAAGACACACUGGAGAAGUUUGAUUUCACCGUAAUGUCGUACAACAUCCUUUCCCAAGACUUGUUAGAAGACAACUCUCACCUGUAUAGACACUGCCAACGGCAUGUGCUAGCCUGGAACUAUCGUUUUCCCAACAUUCUCGCAGACAUCAAACGGCUGGAUGCAGAUGUACUUUGUUUGCAAGAGGUACAGGAAGACCACUACAGAAUAGAGAUCAAGCCAAGUUUGGAAGCCUUAGGCUAUCAUUGUGAGUACAAGAUGAGGACAGGAAGGAAGCCAGAUGGCUGCACCAUUUGCUUCAAGGCCUCCAAGUUCCAUCUCCUCUCUUCGAAUCCAGUGGAAUUCUUCCGGCGCAACAUCCCCCUCUUGGACAGAGAUAACGUGGGCCUGGUGGUUCUCUUGCAGCCUCUUUUUUCCUGCAAGGCCCCCUCAGCCGCCAUCUGCGUGGCCAACACACACCUGCUGUAUAACCCGAGGCGGGGGGACAUUAAGCUCACCCAGCUUGCCAUGCUGCUGGCGGAAAUUACCAGCGUGGCUAUGCAGGAAGACGGGCGUUUCUGCCCCCUCGUCAUCUGCGGGGACUUCAAUUCCGUCCCUCACUCUCCCCUGUACAAUUUCUUAAGGGAAGGCAAGCUGAAUUAUGAAGGACUGCCUAUAGGGAAAGUGUCUGGCCAGGAACAGUCCCCACGGGGCAAUAGGAUACUCACUAUCCCCAUUUGGCCUCAAAGCCUCGGCAUUUCUCAGGACUGUAUGUAUGAGGAGCAACAGAAGCAGCUAGAAAAAGAGAGAGAGAGAAAAGAGACUAAAGAAGCAAGCUUGGAAAAUUCAGAAGAGGUCGUAACAGUAGCAAAACGGUCGCCCACAUAUUUGCACCACAGUUUUCCCUUGUCUUCGGCCUACACUCAUUAUCUGCCAGACAGCGGAACCCCAGAAGUCACCACUUGCCACUCCAGGAGCGCAGUCACUGUGGAUUACAUCUUCUAUUCUGCGGCAAAGGAGAACAGAGCUGCAGAACCAGGAGCUGAACAUCCCUUUGACGGACACCUGAACCUUCUUGGCCGAUUAUCACUGGUGACGGAAAAAGAUCUCUGGGCUGUCAAUGGGCUUCCCAAUGAAACCAUCUCCUCUGACCAUCUCCCUCUCCUAGCCAAGUUCAGGCUGGAAGAGUAACACCAAAAUAAUGAUGACCCACCUGUCUUUUACCGUUCCACUUUCCUUUUCCUUAACUCUACAACAUCAAAAGGGACUGGAGAGUGCAUGCCUCCUUGAUGGGUUUUUAAUACAGGUAUAUAUAUAUAUUGUAAAUUAUCACAGCUACUCAGAUAUUUAAAAAGCAAAUUGGAAUUUUA